AUGAGUCUUCGCCUCGCCUCCCGGCGGCUGAUGCCGUCAGGGUCGCAAUUUUCUGCGUCUACCGCGACGCUCACGAGCUCGUUGCCUGUAACUUUAGGAACGGUCGCGCAGAAGCGAAACAAAUGGAACUUGUUCAAAGGCUGGGGUAAAAAGACUGAAAAAGAGGAUGCACUCUCUGGGCUCGACCUCGACGACCCCAAAAAACGACAGCAGUUCCUCGACCGCAACAUGAAUGGCAAGAUCGAAAACAACAUCUUCCAAGACGAAAUCGAGACCGCAGCCAACAAGGACGCCGAGGAUAGCGUGCGCAAGGGACCCGAGAAUGUUGAACAGAAGACACGGGAGAACAUGGCCAUGGUCAUCAAUCCAGAUCCCCGUGGCCGCAUGCGAUGGCAACGGAGAAAGGUUAUUCAGAUGGUGCGCAAGAACGGCAGGAUUACCAAGGAGCAAAAGAUCAAGAUGACAGAGCGUCAGCUCACUCACAAGAGCCCGUUUAUGGCGACCAGCGUCAAGAAGCUGAUGAUGCUGUCGCGCCAAAUUUCGGGCAAGUCAGUGGAUGAUGCCAUUACACAGAUGACAUGGUCCAAGAAGAAGAUGGCUGCCGAAAUUCGAUACUACUUGGAAGAGGCUCGCGAUCUCGCCAUUGCGCAGCGGGGAAUGGGCUUGGGCAAAGUCAACGGCGAGUUCUACGACAGCCCCAGAAAGAUUCAGACAGGUGAGGGCAAAUGGGUCGAGGUUGUUGAUCCAUCCCGCAUGUACAUUGCACAGGCCUGGGUUGGCCGAGGAAAGUGGCGCGGAAAGAGCAUAGACGCUAAAGGCCGUGGAAGAAUGGGCCUCAUUCAGCAUCCCGCUACAUCCCUGACUAUCAUGCUUAAGGAAGAGAGAACAAGGGUGCGUGAGCACGAGGAGCGCGAAGCAAAGAAGGCUGCAAAGGGCCCUUGGAUCCAUCUACCUAACCGUACCGUUCACGGCCAACGACCAUACUACAGCUGGUAA